AUGUCUACCACCCCUUCCAACCCCAAUUACUCUUCUCUCAGCAAUAUCAACUUUACAGGUGGUUUUCCAACUUCUGUUGAUCUAGCUCCGUCAAUAGUAUUUCUCGUCAUCUACGUAUUGGCAAUUCCAUUAUUAGCUUGGCGAUGGUUCAGGAAAUCCGAUCGAACAUUACUAUUACUCCGACCAACACUAUUCUUACUUUGUAGAAUUGGUAUGCUGGUCAUCCGAGCUUAUAUGUCCAAGAAUAGCUACGGUCAAGGAUUAUUAAUUGCCGAAUUGAUCUUGGUCUCCGUCGGAUUCUUGUUCCUCAUCGAACCCGUUAUUGGAUGUUGGAAACUCCAAAUCGACUCGGAUAUGGCUAAAGAAGAUCGACCUAGUUGGGUUAAAAGACUUUCUUGGGCACUCAAGCUCAUACUUCUAGCGGCCAUCUUAACUGCCAUCGUCGGGUCAUCGAUGAUUUCGGACGCUCUUAAAGAUCAAGCCAAGCUGGAUACCGUCAGACAAUUACGAGAUGCCAGUAGUAUCUUAUCAUUCGGUACCGUGGUAGUAGCAGCCAUAGCAGCCAUUCUUACAGCGUUCAAAUUCUCACUCGAUAGAAGAGGUACAAUCUUCAUCCUUUCCGCAGCUGGAUGUUUGAUAGUUGUAGCUGCCUACAGAAUGGUACAGACCUUUACUAGCGAUCAUGAUGCUCCUGUCAAUUCGAGAGUCGCAUUCUGGGUUUUACAAAUGGUCUUUGAACUUAUCGCAUUUGGACUCAUCUUGGGUAUUUCCAUUCCUACCUGGUUCCCAGGUGAUAAAGGUAGAAUAUCAAGAAACAACACCGACGUAGAAUCCUAUAACAUGAGGGAAGGUCAACCCAAAUAUUGA